AUGUACGGCACAAAAGGCGCAACACGCGCCCUUCAUUCCAAUGCUCGGCGGUUCUCUACUGCUACCCGACUACAAGCACCCUCAGGUCUCAAGAUCAAUUCGGAGCGCUUGUGGAACACGCUGCAUGAGACAUGUGAAUGGGGCGCUGAGCAUCGCUAUGGCCAAAACCCAACAGAUACAGGGAUGGCUCGUUUGACUCUCAACGAUGAUGAUGCCCGUGUUCGUCAAUGGUUCGCCGCCGAAGUCCAGAAGCUGGGCUGCUCUCUUUCUGUGGACCAGAUGGGAAACAUGUUUGCGCGGCAAUCAGGCCGGUUGAACUCGGCUGCUCCAAUGAUCGCAAUGGGAAGUCACCUCGACACUCAGCCUCGGGGUGGUCGGUAUGAUGGUAUUCUCGGUAUCAUGGCUGCACUUGAGAUCCUUCGGACGAUGAAGGAGAGUGGGUUCCAAACUAACUAUGAUGUCGGAGUGGUCAACUGGACUAACGAGGAAGGUGCGCGAUUUCCCAAAUCAAUGUGUUCUUCGGGUGUGUGGGCAGGUGCCAUCCCGAUCCAAAAAGCUUGGGACUUGCGCGAUAUUCACGAUCCUAAUGUGACUCUCCGCUCCGAGCUUGAAAGACAUGGAUAUCUGGGCGACAUUGCUUGUUCUAGCGAUCCAGCGACCGGAUACCCACUCGGAGCCCAUUUCGAGCUGCACAUUGAACAGGGCCCAAUUCUCCCAGGAAACAACCGAUCAAUUGGCGUUGUUCAGGGUGCCCAGGGAUACAGAUGGUUGACUAUGACCGUUCACGGGAAGGAUGCUCACACCGGAACAACACCUUUUAGUGCCCGCCAGGAUCCAUUGCUUGCGUCGUCUAGGAUGAUUGCUGCUUCGCAUGAUAUUGCUAAGGGACACGACGCACUGGCUUCGACUGGUAUUAUUAGAGUUCCAUCGAACGCAUCUACGAACACCGUCUCAUCGCAAGUGACUUUCACUCUUGAUAUCCGACACCCCCAGGAUAGUGUGGUACACGCCGUGCAGGACGAAUGCCUCAAGGCAUUUGAGGCUAUUGCAUUGCAAGAUGGCAAGGGUGUGUCCUUUGACUGGACGUUGGAUACGGACUCACCGGCUGUCAAGUUCGACGACAACUGUGUGGCGUCUAUCCAGGCUGCGGCGGAUCAGCUGGUUGGCCGUGAUCAAUCAAUGCUCAUGACUAGUGGCGCCGGCCAUGAUACUGUUUAUACUAGCAAGCACUGUCCCUCUGCGAUGAUCUUUGUCCCUUGCCGGGAUGGUGUGAGCCACCACCCCACAGAAUAUUGCAGUCCGCAAGAUUGUGCUCUGGGUACGCAAGCUCUUCUUGAAGCUGUUGUUCACUACGAUCAAUUUAGGGUAAAGGCCGAAGGGCAAAAGUAG